CACUUUAAAGCCAAAAUAAAAAGACAUGGCGCCGCAAAACAAACGUUUGCCUUUGCAAUUCAACUUUAUUCAUGAAAUUGACGUUCGCUUUUCACCUUAUCGAAAAAAGUAAGUUAGUCGUUGUUUGGACGGAGCGGGACGCUGGCACACUUUGGCGGCGUCAUGGAAGACAAAAAAGCAACUUUGAGUGUUCCUUCUUACGGGCAUGUCAUAGCCAGCGAGAAAUGGAGAGACUCGUUCCUCAUCCAAAGCUUGAAGGGUGGAGGUGUGAAAGUCCUCUUCGAGAAUGAGCUCGGCGUGGCAGACUUCCUCCUUCCUAACAAGAGCUCCAUCCUUUACCUGUCCGAGUGUGACAUCAUAGUAGGCUCCGCCUACAAGAGGAAGUUGGUCCGCUACAGGAAUGCCUGCAGCAGCUUCCAGGAGCUUGUCCUGGUGGAAAACACUCGCCUGGGAGAGCAGUACUUCUCCUCUGUCCAGAAGUUUGUUGUCUUUGAGCUGGGACUGAUGCUGCUGCCAGUCAGCGGCCAGACUGAGGCCUCCCAGUUCAUUGUUCAAAUGGUUCAUGGGGAUGGCAGGGACAACCCGUUCAGGAGGAGGAGCUCAUCUAGGCUUUUGGAUCCGCUGGUUCUGGCCCUGGUGCAGCAGGUUCCUGGGGUGGGCCGGGUCAAAGCUCUGGCUUUGCUUGAGCGCUUCUCCAGCAUCCAUCAGCUCUGUAACGCUGCGGUCUCAGACAUGGAGACCAUCGUGGGCCAGACCACCGCUCAGAACAUCCACAACUUCUUCCACAAGUCCAAUGGGGCUGGAAGUUGACACUAGUUAAAAUUCUGGGUUCGAUGUUUCAGUGCUCAGCCAUUUCUUCCAACACAUUUCUUCUUCUUCUAUUUCUUCAAACACACACUUUUUUGUGUCACUGACUUUGAAUGGGAGUGACAGAGCAGUUACUGGUCCUAUCCUUAUUAAGAUUUGUGCUGUACAAGUCCAAAGAGGCUAUUUGUGAAUGAAGUUAUGAAGUUAUUUUGUGGACCCCCUGGCCCACCAUCAGACAAUAAAUCAAUGAGCUGAUUGUCAGAUACAUUAGAGGUAUUUUACCUGAGAUGCCCCCACGACCCUAAAGAGGAACAGUGGUAUAGAAGAUGGAUGGAUGUCUAAAGUAUAUAUCGAAGGACUUAACACUUAAAUGCUUUUACCAUUGUUAUAAAGUAUAUAUAUAUAUAUAUAUGUAUGUAUAUAUAUAUAUAAACGGAUGCACAUACUGUACUGCAUACAUUUCAUUUAUUUUCUAGCAUGUUACAGUGCCCCCUAGUCAGUGUUGCCAACUUGGCGACUUGUCGCUAAAUCUGGUGACAUCUUUUCUCUAAAGUGACUAGCGACAAAUCUAGCUACUUUUUCUGCCGUCGUAGGAGAGUUUUCUGGUAGUUGGGGACCUAAAAGUGGAAGAUCGUGUUGAUCUGUAGUUUCUGUUCUCACUGAGCGGAGCAGUGCUGCUGAGACAUCAGCUCCGCCCCAAGCAGUCACAAGCUGUCAGCUCCCGCGGCACACAGAGCAUAGUAGAGGCGCGAUGCCACCAGGGUGGAUCUGAAACGUAAAUAUUUCUUAGUCUUCAUUAAAUUACAGUGUGUCAGAAUGUGUGAUUCGAGAAUGAUGUGUAGGCCUGUCACGAUAACAAAUUUUGCUGGUCGUUAACUGUGCUAAAAUUUAUCGACGAUAAUCGAUAAUUUCAACCUUUUUGUAAAACCAUAUUAUCAUUUGGUUUAUUAAAUGAUCAUUUUGUCAUGUCACAUUUGUGCCACUAGUUGACACUCAAGCAUUGUGUACCUGAGGCACAGAAGCCACCGAUUUGAACACUCAUGGCGUCACAGACCAAUCCUACUCAUGGUGUCAAAAGAACUACGCACAGCAACGCAAUAGGUGGAUAAAAAGAGCCAAGACAGUGAGCUAAAAUGCAAUGUUGCUGAUAUCGCCCAGGCAAUUCUUACUGUUGGCUUUUUGACCGUAUUGAAAGGUUGCAUUUCUUUUGCAAUGUAGCGAGCGACACUGAACGCGCACCAUUUUGUGGUGUUUCGAUGCGAUGUUUCGUUUAAUAUUUACUCCGCCGAUCAAACGCCUCAGUCAGCGUUGACUGUCGGGAAGAAGGCUUUGCUUCACAUCCAUACUGGAACUGUGGCAUCCGGCUUAGAAACGGUUACAUUUGUGCCUUCAUUCAUAAUCUUGUCUGCUUGCUAACUGCUCGCCCUCUAUGUACGUCGCCCCCGCCUCCACUACUGGAACAAAGAGGCUUAAUAGACUAGCUGAGAAGAUGCCCGCUCUCUUCUGUGUUCAUUUCAGAUGGGGCCAAUGUGCACAGACACGUGCAGAAUGAACCCUCUUGUCAUUUAGCCUGUGUACCACAGACAGACUAACAGAUGGAGCAGACACGCAUACACGUAAAUGUCAAUUUAUCGAGAGCUCAUAGUUACCGACAUGUUUUUUUUAAUCGUUCAAUAAAUCAAUAAUGAUGAUCCUAAUGAUGUGUGAUAAGUUAAACAAGUAGUCCUAACUACAAGAUAAGCUGGAGGCGAGUGUGGAUGUAAUUUUUACGCUGUUUAGACUGAGAGGCGGUGACCAAGAUAAAAUAUUACUUCAUAAAAAUGAAAUAAUUGUGAUGGCCAAUUUUAAAUUAACAAACUAAGAAUCAAGUUAAUCUGUCGUUCUAAACAUAAGAUGUUUUUACUAAUUUUGUGUCUCUCCUACGAGGUUAUGCUUUUUCCCUACAGCAUCACUUACAUCAUAUGCAAAUAAACAAUGACCCAUCGCGCGACUUCUAGGACAUCCAAUACCUACUUUUCUUACUGAGGAGUUGACAAAAUCACUGCAGGCCCCUCACACUCCGUGCACAAACUCCUGCCCUCAGGUAGGCCCUACAGACCACUGUACGCUAAAACUUGGCACAGAGACACUUUCUGCCCCCAGACCGUCACUCUACAACUUUGAGCAUGUCAGUGUUGCCCCCCCCCCAAAAUAACUUGAAUGUAAAGUUCUGUUUUUUAAAAUGUAAAUACGGUCUUCUGUUACAAAUGCCGAUAUUGUCCCGGUUUAUCAAGGUUCUGUGUAUAC